CAGACUGUCAAUUCCUGCUCCUCUCUUCGCCACCUGUUAGUUAGUCUCCCUCUCCUCUCCGCGCUGGAAUCCCCUCUUUUUUUAUGAGGAGUUUCACACUCGCGCUAUCAGUGAGCCCUAUGACUGUCCGUAAAGGAAAACGUUUAGCCAUCUCCAUCCAGGAGCACAUGGCCAUCGACGUAUGCCCGGGCCCAAUCCGCCCCAUCCGCCAAAUCUCUGCCUACUUCCCUCGCCUGUCACCCACUUCCUCCUUCUCCGAGCCGCUCUCGCCAAAUCAGGUGGCAGCUCCCACCGCGCUCAGCCCUGGCAGUGCGGGCCAAGGUGGAGGGGCCACCGGGGGAGGAGGGAGCAGCAGUCUGCUGUCACCAGGAGUGGCGGGCGGAGGGGGCUCAUUGUCAGCCAUGAGCAGCAUGGACACCUCCAUCGAGAUCGACAGCUGUGACAGCGAUGAUAACACCUCCUUGGGGACGUUAGAGUUUGAUCUACUGUACGAGAGAGCCACCAGUUCCUUACACUGCACCGUCCUGAGAGCAAAGGGUCUGAAGCCCAUGGAUUUCAACGGUUUGGCCGAUCCUUAUGUCAAGCUGCACCUGUUGCCAGGAGCCUGCAAGGCCAAUAAACUGAAAACCAAGACCGUUCGCAACACGCUGAACCCUGUGUGGAACGAGACGCUCACCUACUGUGGGAUCACCGAGGAAGACAUGUACCGCAAAACACUCAGGGUGUCAGUGUGCGACGAAGACAAGCUGACACAUAAUGAGUUCAUCGGGGAAUCGCGGGUGGCCCUGCGUCGCGUGAAGCCUGACCAGACCAAACACUUUAACAUCUGUCUGGAGCAUCCACCUCCUCUGCCUUCUCCGACUGCGAUGAGCACAGCCCUGAGAGGAAUCUCCUGCUACCUGAGAGAGAUAAUGAUUAAACUCAUAUAUGACGGUAUCACAUCCCUCUGUCUCAGGUACCUCAAGCCAGACGUUCAAAAGAAGUCCAAGCACAAAACAGCAGUCAUAAAAAAGACUCUCAACCCGGAGUUUAAUGAGGAGUUCUUCUAUGAAAUCACCUUCUCAGAGUUAGCCACCAAGACACUGGAGGUCACGGUGUGGGACUACGACCUGGGGAAGUCCAACGACUUCAUAGGCGGUGUGUCCUUAGGGUGCCACUCACAGGGAGAAACGCUGCAGCACUGGAUAGACUGUCUGAAGAACAAGGGCAAGAAGGUAGAGCGCUGGCACACACUGACCAACGAGCUGCCGGGAUCCACACUGCAGGAAUGAACUGGUCCUCUUCCUCUGUACUGACACUGGAGAGGCUGUCUGACGAGAGACGUUUCAUCGCAUGCCCUGAGGAUUGUCUGCAUGACUAUGAAGGAUUCAUAUCCUACUUACUUUGUGUCAUGAAUGAGAUCAUAAUUCACACCCAAGGGGGGUCACACUCAGAUAUCAAUACUCUCAUCUUGGAUCUAAAUAGACCUGAUGCAAAUAUGAAGACCCUUCCUAACGCAAAACUGUACAGCCUGAGAAUUUUCAUAAUCAUAUUCAUAGGGAUCCAUGUCCCUUUUGUGGAUUUAAUGUCAGACUAAUUGCUCCUCUGCAAUGCUUCAAACUGGUCAGAUCUCAAUCAACAAGCAAAAUUGAAAUCGUGCAGGAAAAUAUAACGAGGGAGAGGCUGAAUUAUUCUGCUGUUCGACUCUCAUGUCAGGUUUACUCGCUCUCAUUACAGUCUGCAUGUUAUUUUCAUUGACCACUGACAUUAAAACUCCACCGUUAUGACCAUCCAUCUCACAGCGCACAUACCUCUCCCUUGCAAUAAUGUUUUUUCUAAUGCUUCCAGAGACCUUCACGCGGUCUUGAUACUGUCAGACACUUUGUAUCUAUUGAUCCGAUUGCCAUUGGAUUGCCUGCAGACAGCACACCCUGAUAAGACAGUUGGUUCUUCCAUGUUGAUGGCUCGUGUCAGUGAUUUGCAUGUUUGGUGUCGAUGGAGCAAACUAAAAAGACAAAUAUGUGCCAGGCUCUGCUGCAGGAUGUUCAUCAUUGUGUUGCUCCCAAUUCUCCUGAGGUGUGUUGCUCUGAUUAACUGAGAGAUUGUUUUAUUUAAUUCAAGGGUAACAGUUUUUUUUAAAUAUCGUUGAGUUGUUUAAUGUGUCGGCUCUGAUAUCACAGUGUCAGUGUCUUGUUGGUGACACGUUGAUGUUGACCUAAAUUUGCUCCACAAUCCCUGAUUUGUACAGAGGAGGAGAGUGAUGUAAUUAACAGGAAGGUCUCAGAGCAGAUUGGUUUAUGGGGAGCUGUGCAUGGUCACACUGUAACACCCAGUGAAUAAAAUCAUCAGCCUUUGUUUAGUAUCUAAAUUAUAAACAUGAAUGGUGUAUAGAGCACAGUGCUGCUGCGUUACUGUGGAUCCUGUUAACCACGCUGCAGAUUUGAUCUCAUGUGGUUAAAGAGGCAUGCUGAUAAUGCCAGUGGUGUUCAUAUGUAAAUAUAUAUUGUGUUUGACUUGCUUUGGGUGUUUGUCUUUUGGAACUUAAAGUGUGCAUGAUUGUUUUUCAUAAAAUAUUCAUAUUGA